GAUGUCAUCCAUGUAUGUGGCUCUCUGGCGCCGCUGUCCACCUACUCCAGUCUGUCUUCACUGGGAGUGAGAGGAGAGGUUGGAUGUAACAAAAAAGAAGAGAUUCGGUGUUUGAAUAACUCCUUUGGGGUGCUUUUACGGAAAGACAUUUCAAGACUAAUACAGCGAUGGCAGAGGCCCACCAGGCAGUGGCUUUCCAGUUCACCAUCACCCCCGAGGGGAUCGACCUGCGCCUUUCCUACCAGGCCCUGUUCCAGAUCUACCUCUCUGGCCUGCGCUCCUGGAAGAAGAGGAUCAGCCGCAUGAGGAACAGGGUGAUCAAAGGGGUGUACCCCGCCAGCCCUUCCUCCUGGCUGUUUGUUGUCAUAGCCAUCCUGGCCACCAUGUACAUGCGCUCUGACCCCUCCAUGGGCCUCAUUGCCAAAAUCCAGGAGCACCUGCCCGUCAGUAGUCUUUCUCUGAGUGUCCAGGGCCAGACCAUGCUGUCAGUGCUGGUGUUCAGUACCCUGCUGUGGCUGUCGCUCAUCCUGACCCUGAGGUUCUGUCUCAAGCUGCUGCUCUCCUACCACCGCUGGAUGUUCGAGCAGCACGGACACAUCUCCACCACCACCAAAGUCUGGGUGACCCUGGUGCGUCUGCUGUCUGGCAGGAAGCCUCUCCUGUACAGCUAUCAGACCUCUCUUCCUUGCCUGCCCGUCCCGCCCAUCAAAGACACACUGGAGAGGUACCUGGAGUCAGUGCGUCCGUUGCUGAGUGGUCCGGGGUUCCAGCGGAUGACUGUGUUGGCGGCUCAGUUUGAGAACAGUCUGGGGAACCGGCUGCAGCGCUAUCUCAAACUCAAAGCUCUGUGGGCUACCAACUAUGUGAGUGACUGGUGGGAGGAGUACAUCUACCUGAGAGGACGAGGCCCCAUCAUGGUCAACAGCAACUACUAUGGCAUGGACUUUCUGUAUGUGACUCCCACGCCCAUCCAGGCAGCGAGGGCCGGCAACACCAUCACUGCUCUGCUGCUCUACCGACGCAAGGUCAACAGUGAGCAGCUAACGCCUAGUCGUGUUCCAGGUACAGUCAUCCCUCUGUGCGCAGCUCAGUGUGAGAGAAUGUUCAACACUACUCGCACUCCAGGAGAGGAGACUGAUGUGCUGCAGCACUGGCAGGACAGUGAAUUUGUGGCUGUCUACCACCGGGGGCGCUACUUCAGGCUGUGGGUGUACAAGGCGGGGCGUCUCCUCUCGCCUAGAGAGAUAGAGUACCAGAUCCAGAGGAUGCUAGAUGACCCUUCACCCCCCGGACCUGGAGAGGACAGGCUGGGAGCACUGACUGCUGGAGACAGGGUGCCGUGGUGUGCCGUAAGAAAGCAGUACUUCAGCUCAGGGGUGAACAAGCGCUCGCUGGACUGCAUCGAGAGAGCCGCCUUCUUUGUCACCCUGGACGACGAGGAGCAAGGAAUGAUGGGAGAAGACCCCGUGGGAAACCUGGACCGCUACGCCAAGUCCCUCCUCCACGGGAAAUGUUAUGACAGGUGGUUUGAUAAGUCCUUCUCUGUGGUGGUGUACAAGAAUGGGAAGAAUGGGCUGAAUGCAGAGCACUCCUGGGCCGACGCCCCGACAGUGGCACACCUGUGGGAGUUCACCCUGGCCACAGAUGCCUUCCAACUGGGUUACACAGAGGACGGCCACUGUAAGGGAGAGGUGGAGCGCUCCUUACCGCCCCCUCAGAGACUCACCUGGGACAUCCCCGUGGAGGUUCAGGAGCAGGUGUCCAUCUCUCUGUCUGUGGCGCAGGCCCUAGCUGACGAUGUGGACUGUCAUGUCUUCCCCUUCAGGGACUUUGGGAAGGGAUGCAUCAAAAAGCUGAAGAUCAGCCCAGAUGCCUUCAUUCAAUUGGCUCUGCAGCUAGCUUACUACAGGGAUCGUAAGACGUUUUGCCUCACCUACGAGGCCUCCAUGACACGGCUGUUCCGAGAGGGGAGGACUGAGACUGUACGAUCCUGCUCCACUGAGGGCUGUGCCUUUGUUAAAGCUGUGGAGAGCGGAGAGGGGCCGGAGCACUGCAGGCGGCUGUUCCGAUUGGCUGCUGAGAAGCACCAGAACCUCUACCGAUUGGCCAUGACAGGGUCCGGCAUUGACAGGCACCUCUUCUGCCUGUACGUGGUGUCUAAAUACCUGGGGGUGGAGUCACCAUUCCUAACAGAGGUGCUGUCGGAGCCAUGGCGUCUCUCCACCAGUCAGACUCCGGUUCAGCAGUUGGAGCUGUUUGACAUGAAGAACCACCCAGACUUUAUAUCUCUGGGGGGAGGCUUCGGCCCUGUGGCAGACGAUGGCUACGGAGUGUCGUACAUUAUCGUAGGAGAGGACAUGAUCAACUACCAUGUAUCCUGCAAACACUCCUUCUCUGAGACGGACUCACACCGGUUCGGGGCCCAGAUCAGUCGGGCUCUAUUGGAUCUCCUCUCUGUGCUUACCCCAGCUAAGUCAGAGAACCCACAUGCCCAGGACAAGAAACAGCAGUGAACACUUACAGGGAAAGAAGGGACCAUGGGGUGGGAUGGGGGUAGGGGUUUGCUUUGUCUUUUGAUACUGGGAUAAUGUUCUAUUGAGCGUGGUUGUGUAUAAAGAAAGCCCAAAGAGCUUCGGUGUGAUGGAAUGAUGAGAGAUGUUCCCUUCUGCUCAGAGAUGGAGGGGUGGGUGGAUGGAGGGAGAGAGAGGUGAAGAGAUGGAGAAGUGCAAUAGGAAGCAAGGGAACUAACAAGGACGAGUCAGAGAGCUAGGGAAGGAGGGAUGGGAAAGUGAGAGAGAAAUCUCCACAAAAAGAGAAGAGAAUGAGUGGAGGUAACCCCCACAUAGGUCAGAGGUAGGCAAUAACUUUUUUUUCUUGUUUUUCUUUCUUUGUGAACCCACCAUUAUGGCUUUCUUUUCUAUUUUAUCAUCUUGAAUGUGAACUACUGUUGGAAAGAGUUGUAAUAUUUUAUUGAAAAGUCCUUUUAAGUUGGCCUCAAAAAGACUUCCCUAGUUAAAAAUAAAGCUAUAGGAGAAGCAGUGGAAGUUUAAAGAAGACUAACUUGUAAUUUUGGUUUAACUCUAUUCUCACGUGAAUGUAGAUCACUAACUGAAUGGGUCGGCUGCAGUGAACAUCAAUCAUUAGGAUAAGAUAUCAGGGGCAGGGCUGGGGUCAAUUCCAUUUCAAUUCAAUCAAUCCAGGAAGUAAAUUCAAAUUCAGUGAUUUAAAAACAAUUGAAUUCGAUUUUUUCAAUGAUUUCUCAAUACAUAAGAGAAGUAGAAACACUUUAAUUAAUUUUCUCUUUUUCUAUUUUAAUAAAAAUUACUUUAUUGAAAUGUAAUUGAUCCCAACCCUGUCCGGGAUAUCUUCUUAAUUAUUUGGCUCGGGAUCAUCUCCAGGGCUCGUAUUCAUAAAGCAUCUCAGAUUAGGAGUGGUGAUGUAGGGACAGUUUUGCCUUUUUAGAUAAUAAUUAAUAAGAGUAUAUGGACAGGGGUGGAUCCUAGAUCAGCACAGCUACUCUGAGAUGCUUUAUUGAUUAUGGGCGAGGUCCAUUUUUGUUUUUAAACACCCUCACCAGUAGAAAUCCACUUUUUCGAGUUGAAAGACAAUGGCCAGAGCCUACGUUUUGUUUCAGGGCUGGGUUUUAUUUCAAUGUUACCACCCACCAGCAUGGCAUUGUUUAUUAAUCAGAAUCCGCUGCAAAGUUAUUCUUCUUCGCGAUUGGAUCAUUUGUAAAUGUUUACUUAUUUUUUUUGCUAGUCUGUAUUAAAAAUAUAUAUAUAUUUGACAAUUUUAUAAAUGGUAUAAAUGCGUGAUAUGGCAUUUUGCAAACCCGCUUCCCCCCUGUUUCUGAAUGGUAUUGACAACUAAAGUUAUGCUUUACUACAGGCUCCACUGUUUUGAUUGGUGUAAGGUUAGCUAGAAACCACAAGUGUCUAUUCAGAUAAUGAAAAGGCACCAGCGAAAGAAAAUUCAAGGAAUUUAUAGUUAAUGUAAGCAAAGUCAUUGUAGCCUAUCAUUUCAAUUCCCCUGUGAGAACCAUAAGAUGACUUGGCUUUGCUGUACCCCAGCCAAAAACUGCCAGCAGCCUACCUACCAAAGGUUGCACUACAAUGUCGAAAACGCAAUCAGCAGUCAAUAGUUAUAAAUAUUACCGGAGCUUCAAAUUAUUCUCUGUAAUUGUUUUUUUAUGGUGGAGUCGAGGCCAUAAUUUGUGGAAGAUGCCAAAACUUUGGAGAUAACGAUAGAUGGCGGUGUCAGAUAGGCCAGUGUUUUCCAUCUGUGGCGGAGUUUUCCCUAAAUCAAUGCUUAUGACAAAUCCAGCUCCAGAACCAGCCAUAGAGCUACAGUAGCUGGCUACUGGUGUAGUAAAGAAAACAGCAACAGGUAACAUUUACUAGCAAGAUAAGGUUAGCAAGAUGGCUAGCUAGAUAAUGUUAGCAAGAUAGAAGAUAGAUAGCUAGAUAAUGUUAGCAUGCUAGCUAGCUACACUGACUGCUGUCAGUGCCCUAUUUGUUGAUGAUUAUGUCAAAAUAGUGGCGGCAACUUCCUCUGGGGGGGUCCUUUAAGUUCUCCAGAAUGGGAUCAUCUAUAGCAGAGAGGAAGAGGCAAAGCACAACGUUUCACUCACUCCAAAAUCUUUCCAAAACAAGCCAAUGCGUUUCUAUGGGCUUAUUGUGGCCCUACGCUUGUCGCCUGCCUUCCCGCCUUUGGGACAACGACCCAUUGUUGGGGUGGGGGUCCUUUAAGUUCUCCAGAAUGGGAUCAUCUAUAGCAGAGAGGAAGAGGCAAAGCACAACGUUUCACUCACGACAAAAUCUUUCCAAAACAAGCCAAUGUGUUUCUAUGGGCUUAUUGUGGCCCUACGCUUGUCGCCUGCCUUCCCUCCUUUGGGACAACGACUCCCAUUGUUGGGGUGGGGGUCCUUUAAAUUCUAUGUUUAAACUAAAGAAACUAAAUGUUUCUCACUCCCCAGGACUAGGAUUGGGAAACUAUGUGAUGCUCAGAACCUAGGUGGAUGGAACCUAAUCCAUGUUUACGUUUUUUGUUUGUUGUAUGUAUAGUAAGUAGGAUGAUCAUAUUAUUGUCGGUCAUUUUGCAUAUUAGGAAUUAUUUAAAUGUAAACGUGACUGUAAAAAUGCCUUUAACCAAUGGUAAUGGUAGUAUGAAUUGAAUACUUUUCAUGGCCUUGGUUGACUGCUGUCUUGGCUGCUGAUUUUUAAGAACAUCCAGAAAUUAUUGGUUGGAAGGCAAUUUCAGCUCAGGAGAAGGGCUGAGUUUCAAGUCUUUUAUUGGAGCAAUGUCCGAUCAGGGCUAUUCAGUGUUGGUCCUGGAGGGCCAAAUCACUUCUGGGUUUCAUCUUCUCCUUCUAAUCAGGGACUGAUUCAGACCUGGGACACCAGGUGAGUGCAAUAAAAACCAGAAGCGUUUUGGUCCUCCAGGACUGGAAUUGAACAGCCCAGUGGCCUAGUUGAAUGAAUGGUUGACGUUUACCAACCAGAUAUAGGCCUGAAUCAAUUCCCUUGAAUUGACAGCAGUCACGGGUGGUGAUAUUGUUGGAGGAAUUGACCCAAGCUUUGCAGGUAAAAAAAAGAAAGAGAACCAUGUGCACACUAUUGUGUCUAGAGCCAAGUGUUGGUUCUGGCAGUAGCAAUGGUGUAUCCAAAAACACUACAGGCACAUGUAGGCAAUAAAAAAAAUCUAUGGAUCAAAAUGUUGCCAUUCUGCCUAUAAACAACAAUGCAACAAA